AUGCCAAAUUCGAGAAAGGGCAUCCUCCAAGACCUCGCGCAGACUCUCCUUGGCGGCGUCCUGGACGAGGCAUUUUUUGGUGUCAGGGCAACUGCGGCAAGGGCCUCGCUCGUUCGACGGGUUCGGUCGCGCAGGCUGUGGCGACACUUCGCAGUGGACCUACGUCAAGAUGUCUCUGCUCAGAAAGAUCAGCUGGACCUUCAGGCUCGGGCCCUGAGGGAGGGCCUCCUGGACAUGACCGGCUUCAAGGAGCGCCCCCUUAAAGCCACGCGGUAUGCCCGGUAUGCCCCUUUAAGGCGCGCCGAUGCCGCCAAGGAAGCGCAAGGUGUCCAGGUUGACAAAGCACGUGGAGAACCUGGAGAGAUCACAGGCGUAGAGCCAGUGGGGAACAAGUCUUCCUUCGAACGCUUCCUCUUUGUAGCCCUGUCUCGCAAGAGCCGGGAGGAUUCAAGGUGUGCCAAGCUGGAACAACUUCUGCAGGCAAGGCGCCGUUUCACUGCUCACUGCGGUGCGUCGCACAACCUCAUCGUGCUGGCACAGGCGGUGCAGAAACAGGUGGACGUUGUGGAUGCGCGUGUUCAGCAACAGCCGAGCCCUGCGGAAGCCAUCGCAGCGCAGCAGCUCGCUGCGCAGCAUGCUGCACAGGCAGACAGCCUUGCAGGCAAGGCCCCCCAAAGCGCCAAAGGAAGCUUGGGGAUGCAAGUGCGUGUCGUGCCGAAGGCUACGUCUGCGGAAAGCCAUGCGCGCACAGCCCAGGGUGCUGUCGAAUCAGCAGCCACAGCGGUUGCAGCUGCAGAGAACCAUGCUCGUGAUGCUCAGAAGUCGGCCGAUGCUGCGUCGCGAACGGUUCCAUGGCAGAAGGGAGGCGUCAGUCGCUGUUUUACCGGUCCGCUUCAGGCCGAGGCGGUGCAUGAGAAGGCCACGCUCGCGGAGCAACAUGUGGCUUCAGCCAGGAGCUUGGCACAUUUUGGGCACCGCGUGCCCCUCCGGGAACUUCGGGUAGAGAUUCGCCAGAUGGUGCAAGGCAUGGCAGAGGCCUUGGCCGAACAGGCUUCCGCUCUUCAGUCGACUUCGUCUGCUGUCGGAGCCGCGAGCGAGAGUGCAACAGCGGCCCUAUCAUCAGAGGCAGAGCGUCAUCUGGCCACGAUGUCCGCUGGCAUCACCACCGCGGAGGAAAAGCUGCAAGUCCAGCUUCAGCAGGCAGUGGCAAAGCUUGACGAGGAGAUGCCUCUGAGCACCUGGCGCUGGCCGCUGCUGACAGCACUCGCAUCUGCGCGUCUCGAGGACUUCCAGGCCUUCGUCCAGCGGUUCGGGCGAAGCUACGAACCCGGCUCCCGAGAGUUCGAGGAGCGCCGAGAGAUCUUCGAGGCUCGUGCGGAAGAGGUGCGGGUGCUGAACAGCAUUCCACGGCGAUGGACCGCGGGCCUCGGGCCGUUGGCAGACUUCCGCGAGGAGGAGCUGCAGGCGCUCCGCGGCUGGCGCGGCAGCGCCUCCCGCGAGGACGGCGGCUCCGGCGGUUCCGGCAGCUCCCUGGUGCAGGUGCGCUCGCUGCCGGAGCAGUUUAACUGGACCUCGCUCGCUGCCCUUCACGAAGUUGCGAGCCAAGGCAGCUGCGGUUCCUGUUGGGCCGUGACCAGUGCCCUGGUCCUCACGGCGCAUGCGGAGAUCAGCGGGCGGCCGCGGAGCUUCUCAGCCCAGGAGCUGGUGGACUGCGUCCCGAAUCCGAAGAGCUGCGGUGGUACGGGCGGCUGCUCCGGGGCCACGGUGGAGUUGGCCAUGAGCUACGCCAUGCACGUGGGUCUGCGCACCGAAAGCGAGAUGCCCUACAAGGCCAAGACCCAUUCCUGCUUGCAGAGUGGGCUUCCAAGUGCCGUGCAGAUGGCCGAGGCCUUCAACCAGGACAGUGGUGAGGAAGCCCUGGACGUUGCAAACCAGUCCCGGGCGCAGCUUGAAGAGGACCUCGCCGCCCUCGCAUACCUGCACGAGCAUACGGACAUGCAGGCUCCGCGCGUGUACAAGGCUGCGGCAGACUCUUCCGGGCUCGCCUUCGGCCUGCACGGAUGGGAGAAGCUUGCACCAAAUCGUCAAGAGCCCCUCCUGCGAGCCCUGUACGAGCGGGGCCCUGUGGGAGUGUCUGUCGCAGCAACAAACUGGCAUCUCUACUCCACUGGUAUCUUUGACCAUUGCACAAAGGACUCCGUCAUUGAUCACGCGGUCACACUGAUCGGCUACGGCAAAGAUCCCAAAUCUGGCGACAAGUACUAUUUGAUACAAAACUCCUGGGGUGACACCUGGGGCGAGGACGGUCGUAUUCGCAUUCUUCGCAGCGACGCAGAUGACGUGCAGCAAUGUGGUUGGGUCGCCCAGGGCUACAAGGCCCAGGCGGCAUCGCAGGAAGCGGAUAGUUCCAGCCUGUUCGGUCCCCAGACCGCCUCUGCGUACCUGGGGCCCUUGCUGGUGACUGGAACGACUAGGGUCCAUGGGCAGGGCAAUGCAGAGCAUGUAGGAGAGCGCAGUGCGAGCACAGGGGGCAAUCCUGGGAUGGUCUUGCGCUGCUUGCUGCGCACAUGCGGCAUCUUGGGCUAUGGCUUGAACGGAGACGAGGACCGGCUGGUGGUCGUCAUUGCUGCCGAGGUUCCUUCGGAAAGCUCUGAGGAACUCGAGCCCGAACUUAAAGGACCACAAGCCACCGAAGCAUCCGCUUUCGACUGGUUGCCCGCGUUGCCUUCACUGUGGGGCCAGGCAAAAGGUGGACUCUGCACCCAAGCGCUGCUCGCAGUGCUCCUGGCAGCGGGCCGAGCCUGGGGGUCCUUGUCCUUCCGCCAGCUGCAACUCCGCAUGCAGGCCGCGCUCCAGCGAUCGGGCGUCGAGAACGCGACGGUGACCUUGAGAUGCUCCCAGGACCUGCUGGAGAGCCGCAGCGGCCGUGGCGAUCGUGGCGAUCGUGGCGGCAUCGGCGUGGCCUUGGGCCCCUUUUCGGAAGCCCGAGCCCUUCUGAUCGGCAUCUGCUACGAGGAGGACGUGAAACUUGAGGGCUCCUGGAAUGACGUUCAGGACAUGCGGUCCUGGCUGCUUCGAGAGGGUAUCGUCCCGGAGCAAGGCCUGCGAAUUCUGAGUGACGUUUCUGAGCACGUGCCUUCGCGGCGCAACAUUCUGGCCCACCUUCGGUGGCUGCUAUCCGGAGACGAGCAGAGCUCCGAAGCACCUUGUGAAGGGCCUUGUGGCUCUUGUGGUCAUGAGGUCAGCCCUCCACUGCAGCUUUUCCUUCUCUUUGCUGGUCAUGGCGACCAUGCUGAGCUGUUGCCGAGUGACUGGCAAGAAGCCGGCCCCAUCACCGAGCGCGAGAUCUCAGCGCUUGUUGAUGACUUGCUUCCCAGUGGGGCAAGGCUGACCUGUGUGUUUGACUGCUGCGACUCUUCCCAGAUGUUCAGAUGUGAAGAGGACAAGAUGGCCCAGACGCGCUCGGACCUGGCCGAGUGCGCCCAGCUCACGCAGGUCGUCUCGGAGCGUCUCGAGGCUGUAGAGGCGCAGCUCCGCGCGGAGCUGGCAAAGCUGAUGGUCCUGGGCCAGGCGACGGCCGAGCGCAUGGAGGAGGUGUGCAAAGCCGUGCAGGAGGCUGCCCCAUCCUUCGGCGGUGACUCCAAGGUGCAUCUGGAGGCGGCGGGCUUCUUUUUUUUGACAGUGCAGAUGUCGCUCGGGUCGCUCCUGUCGCUCCUGUCACAGUUGUCUUUGACUGUCUUUGGUAUUCUUAGAUGCUCCGAUGGCGCGGUGUCGUGGACUCCGAAGUCCGAAGAGUCCGAAGUCCCUGUGCAGGAGAUGAUCAACACGGCGCUCGAGAGGACGGAGCACCUAGAGCAGAGCUUCAUUGCGGCCUCCAGCGGGCAGCUUGCGGAGCAGGUCAACACGUGGCGGGCCAGCCUGCAGGCCGAGAUCGAGGACCUGAAGAGCCGCAGCACCAGUUGUGAGACGAGGUUGUUACAGGAGCUCGAGCGCGUCUCCGAGGUGAUGCGCUCGGCCCCGGGACGCGAUGAGGAGCCUCGUAUGCGGGAGGAGGUGUCGAAGGUGCGGUCGAUCCCGGCGGCUUUGCGUGGCAUGGUGCUCUCCGCACUGCCCUUGCCGCCCCAUGCCAGUCGCAGAAAAGCACUCGUCAUCGGCUGCAGCUAUUUCGAGUUGAGCACCCCGCUGAAGGGGGCCAUCAACGAUGCCUGGAACGUCCUCAGUCUCCUUCGGCACACGCUGCAGUUCUCGGAGAGCCAGGUUCGCUUCAUCGUCGACGGCACGCGAAGUUGCCCAAUGCCUCCCCAGCGGCGGCCGACGGCUGCCACCAUCACCGAAGGCCUGCAGUGGCUCGCAGCCGACACGCUUCCUGGCGAUGAGGUGUUCUUCUACUUUGCAGGCUAUGGGGCACUGCUUCCGCACGGUGUGGGCAGCUUCGAGGCAUGUCUCGUUCCGAUUGACUAUGCUGCCUUGAGAAGUGGUGGCGGAGAUAGCACCGGCGGCUACAGGUUGGUGCCCCUCACGGAGGUUUCGCAAGCCCUCUCCAAGCUCCCAGCAGGAUGCAAGGCCACCGUGGUCCUUGACUGCUGCCACUCCUCGCUUCCCGGCAUAGGAUCGAAGCCCCAGCCAGCAGUGUUCCAGUGGGCGCAAAUGCAACCUGCAGCCUUUGCUGGCAUGGAGGAGAUGGCGGACGCCCGUGCGCGCCGCCUGGUCCUGCCGAGCAUUCCUCUCCAGUCGCCACACCCCGUUCAGGUGCCUGCGAUCGCGUGUGCGCUGGCUUGCUACUCCGCGUGUCACCAGGCCCAGUGGUGCGCGGAGCUACCAAUCGAAGGUGUUGUUCAGGGCGCGUUCACGUGGGCUUGGGUGAAGGCCAUGGUGGCCGGGAACUGCGAAGGCCCCGUGGCCCAGGUCAAGGCAUCGCUCCAGGCGAACAUCGGCGACCUGCAGCGGCGCUGCAGAUGGCUGGACCAGACGCCCCUGGUGCAGAUGUCGAAGACCACGGAGCAGCAGGACCAGCACAAGUUGCAAUACAUCUUCGAAGGUGACCUCUGGGGGAAUGAAAGGCAAAAGGUCGCCAUGGGCUGGGACUGGCAAGGGAAGGAGGAUUGGACAAGCAAGGAUCAGGCUGACUGGCACACAUGGAAGGGAAGUGACUGGCAGAGCUGGAAAGGCAGCAGUGAUUGGAGCAAGAAGCGUGUGAAAGAAGAGUGGGGUGGGUCCGGCUGGGAGGACUCUGCAAAGCGCACGAGAUGGGAAAACAAGUCCGAGCCUUCAUGGAGCGACUGGCAAGAAGGACGUGUCAAGCACGAGGCCCAGGUCUCCCUGAACCCGAAUGCGGACCAAAUUCCUCGGACUCCACCGGAUCCAGUGAUGAAUCUGGGGAUUCCCCACACGCCGCCAAUUGGAGCCGGACUGGUGCCCCCAACUCCAGCAGGCGCCUUCGGAAACGCACCGGUGCCCCCAACUCCAGCAGGUGCCUUCGGAAGCGGACCAGUGCCCCCAACUCCAGCGGGCGCCUUCGGAAACGGACCGGUGCCCCCAACUCCAGCGGGUGCCUUCGGAAGCGGACCGGUGCCCCCAACUCCAGCAGGUGCCUUCGCACCUGCAGCACCUGGAACGCCUGGAGCCACGCCUUUUCUGCCGCAUCCUGGCACGCCCGUGCAUCCUGGCACACCUGGAGUGCCAGGCUUCACUGGCAGUGUGUCGGCUGGCGAGCUCAGGCACGCACCGCGGCGAAGGAACGGCAAGAUGGCGCCCGCGCCGGCGAUCAAGGCCAAGGUCAACCGACUCACCAAGGACUUGCCCCGGGCAGGUUCCGGUACCAAGAAGACAAAGGAGGCUGCAAUACCGGAUUUCAAGACCUGGGUGAAGAACAAAAAGCCGAUUGAGCUCAGAGACGAGCAGCCGGUCAAGACCGAAACGCCAGUGCCGCUCCAGCCAGGAGCCACCACCCCAGGCUUGCCGGGUGCGUUGACACCUGGCCAAGACGAAGUGGCUGGGAUGACGCCGGGCUUCGCAGGUGGAGAGGUGACGCCCUUCUUGGACCAGCCCGCGAUCGCACCAGCGACCGGGAUCUACGGAUCGCUCUACGGCCUGGAAGAGGGUGGUGUGACACCUCCACAGCUCACUGGCAUGACGCCUGGCUUUGCGGAGGAGAUGGGAGCGGCAACGCCGCUGCUGUCCCAGCAAUACUGA